AUGGGUGGAGGUGGCAAGAUCCCUUAUCCGAAACACAUCUGGUCGCCCGCUGGUGGCUGGUAUGGACAACCGAAGAACUGGAAAGCCAACACCGCGGUGUUUGGUGUCAUCAUCGCCGCUUGCGCAGGCCUCGCGUGGAAAGUCUCCGCAGAGAGAGAACACAGAUACAGAAUGCCCGAGCGGGAAGCGUUCUUCCCAAGUCGAUAUUGGAGCAAACAGAUCAUCGAGCACGAUAAAGCACAGAAAGGCCAGUAA